AUGUGUCAAUUACUCCCAUCAAUAUCAUUUUAUUUAUCUUCAACAAAAUCUACACUUGGAAUCAAUCCAUUACGUUCAGCAUCAUGUGAAAAUAUUUUACAACCAAAUUGGUUAUUAGUUGCUAUUGGAUUUGCUAGUUUAUUAUUUAAUCUUCAAUGGGUAUUUGGUGAUCUAUCAGUUGUUAGUCGAUGGGCUUCGAAUGGUUUUCCAAAUCAACCACUCGAUCCAAUACCUUAUGGUGCUUUUGCUCUAAGUAUAUUUAUUGGAUCAAUACUUUCAUUAUUAUUUGAUAAAAUAGCUCGUGCUCUUUCAGCACAUAUUGUUUUUAUUGCUACUUUUCCAUAUAUUAUUCAAGUUAUUUAUGCUGUUUGGACAAGUGCUUAG